GUGCUUCGAGUCUUAUUCCAUCUCAACGCUAACUGAAACAUGUACUCGGCUACUCUCUCCACUUCCCCGUCACUGCCAACCGCCUUCGCCGCCAAUCGGUCUUCCCUACCGCCGGCCUGUAUAGCCACCACCUCCACCAACAAGCACCACCGCCCUCUAUCGCCGGAGAAGCUCGCAUUGCUGAUCGACAAAUCCAAAACUACCGGGCAACUCCUCCAAAUCCACGCUUUCCUUAUCCGCCAGGGAUUCGACGACCACCCAAUCCUGGCCUUCAAGCUGCAGCGCUCUUACGCCUCUCUCGGCCGCCUCGAUUACUGCGUCGAGCUCUUCGACCGAACCCAGAACCCAAAUGUCUUCUUCUACACCGCCAUUAUCCACGGCCAUGCUUUCAACGAUCUCCACGACCAAGCCCUUCAUUUCUACGUCCGUAUGCUGACCCAAGGCGUCGAGCCUAAUGCGUUCACCUUCUCAGCCGUGCUAAAAUCCUGCCCUCUUAAUGCAGGGAAAGCCAUUCAUUCUCAAGCAAUCAAAUUUGGAUUUGAUUCCGACACGUAUGUCGGAACCGCUCUCGUUGAUGUUUAUUCCAAAGGAGGGGAUGUGAUGUCCGCCCGCCAUCUGUUCGAGGCAAUUUCCGAGAGAAGUUUGGUUUCUUUGACAGCGAUGAUAACUUGCUAUUCGAAGCACGGGGAUGUGGAUGGGGCGAGAUUGUUGUUUGAUAGGAUGAUAGAGAGGGAUGUGGUAUGCUGGAAUGUGAUGAUUGAUGGCUAUGCACAACAUGGGAGGCCAAAUGAGGCUUUGGCCCUCUUUAGGAAAAUGUUGUUGGGGAAAGUGAAAGCUAAUGAAGUAACUCUGGUGGCAGUGCUCUCUGCUUGUGGGCAGCUUGGGGCGCUGGAGUUGGGCAGGUGGGUUCACUCUUACAUUGCCAACAAUAGGAUUCAGUUAAGCUGUCAGUUGGGUACUGCUCUGGUUGACAUGUAUAGCAAAUGUGGUGCUUUGGAGGAUGCGCAUUUGGUUUUUGAUAUGAUUAAGGACAAGGAUGUUGUUGCCUGGAAUUCAAUGAUUGUUGGGUACGCAAUGCAUGGAUUCACCCAAGAUGCUUUGCGGUUGUUCCAUAACAUGUGUAGAACAGGACUUCAACCUACUGAUAUAACAUUUAUAGGCAUUCUAAGUGCUUGUGCUCAUGCAGGCUCAGUCUCAGAGGGAUGGAGAUUUUUCCAUUUAAUGAAAGAAGAACAUAGGAUCCAACCGAAGAUCGAGCACUAUGGAUGCAUGGUAAAUCUACUUGGCCGUGCAGGGCAUUUGGAUGAAGCAUAUGAACUUGUCAAGAACUUGGAGAUUGACCCAGAUCCUGUGUUGUGGGGAACAUUGCUGGGUGCCUGUAGGCUUCAUGGAAACAUUGGACUGGGAGAGGAAAUUGCAGAGUUCCUGGUUAAUCAGAACCUUGCAAGUUCAGGAACUUAUGUUCUUCUCUCUAAUAUGUAUGCUGCAGCACGCAAUUGGGAUGGGGUGGCAAAGGUGAGAGCUUUAAUGAAAGGCAGUGGAGUACAGAAGGAGCCAGGUUGCAGUUCAAUUGAGGUGAACAACAAGGUUCAUGAGUUCCUUGCUGGGGAUAUGAAGCACCCAAAAAGCAAAGAAAUCUAUAUGAUGCUUGAAGAGAUAAAUGAGUGGCUUAAGGCCCAUGGCUAUACCCCACAGACAGACAUUGUGCUACAUGAUAUUGGAGAAAGGGAGAAGAAGCGAUCGCUUGAAGUUCACAGUGAGAGAUUGGCUAUUGCUUUCGGACUGAUUAGCACUCAACCAGGUGCCACAGUCAAGAUUGUGAAGAACCUUAGGGUCUGUCCAGAUUGUCAUGCUGUGACAAAGCUAAUUUCGAAGAUCACAGGGCGUAAGAUUGUGGUGAGGGAUCGAAGCCGGUUCCAUCAGUUUGUAAAUGGUUCAUGUUCUUGUGGGGAUUACUGGUAAACUAUGUUUUGUCCAUCGUGCUUCUGUUUAACUCGUGUAUGCAAAUUUAUAUAAGAUGAGUUAUUGCUGUCAUGGUAGUUGUUCUAUUAUAUACUUCCUUCUGACAGAUAUGAAAAGAAUACAUAUGAACUGUGUCAGCAGGAGCAAAUCCGAGAACCAUUCCAGAACCUAUGAAUCUGGCCAGAAAUUGAAAAUGAGACACCAAACUGGCUAUUAGAAAAUUGUGUAUUCUUAAGAUCCAAACAAUUGGAUUUUGUCAACAGUUUCACUGAGAAUAUCAUGAAACAAGCAGAGCCGAGCCACCAACAAAAAGGGUUCCAAUUUGAGGGUUCAAUUGACUUGAAAACUAUCCAUGAAAGUUGAAGCAUGUGAUUCGAAAACAACACAGCCUGUACAUUAUUCAACUAUGAACUACAUAGUUGCAUCAUGAACCAAACUUAUCGAUUAUUUCGCUUACAAUUUGAAAACGCCCUCUUCGUUGUGGAUUUUAGAUUCCCACGAUCGAGGAAACAUCUACUAGGUAUACGCAGGAAGAGCAGCUCUCUUGUAAAGUCCAGUUCCAACAGAAUAGGGAAAUUUCCAACUCCCUACAUUCUAAGUUCGAAGACACAGAUGGUCCUCGCAGCAGAGCAGCUGCUAUCUUGUUACCGUUCUUACUCCAAGAGACUUCAAAUAUUCCAUCAUUGCCAUUGGUUUUCACUAAUCUGCGUU